AUGCAGGAGGGAGAAGAGGAGGAAGAUGAAGAAGACUUGCAGGAUCCUUUAGAUUCACUGAAGGAAGAAUGUGGAAGCACCAAACACUGCACAGAAUUAGGUGAAAAAUACAGUGCAUGUAAUGAUAGAGUAUCAUCACGCACAAGAACAGAAGAAACCUGCAGUGAAGAAUUAUUUGAUUACUUACAUUGCAUUGAUCAUUGUCUAACGAAUGUAUUGUUCCAGAAACUGAAGUGAGUCCUGAAAUCUCGAGUGAUUGUCAAGCAGGAACUGCACACUUCAUUUUAAGUUAAUCAGUUUUCUGACAAGUAUGAAUGCAGUUUGGAGACUGGAGGACCAGAAGCUUUAUUUAAUAUUGUUUGUCAUUUAUCUUCAGAGAUGUUUAUAUGUAAAUAAAGAGCUUUUCAGGCCCUUAAUGGUUACCAAGAAAUAAAUUCUUGUUUUUUUCUCCA